UCGCCUCGUGCAUGCUCGGAGGAACCUCGUACACGCUCCGAAACCAAUCCGACCAGCACCCCACAAUCAUCUGCCGCGGGAGCCGUCCUACGCUCCUGGCGCCCGUCCAAGCGCCGAGUGGGCCGGGAGGAUCACGGAGCAACGCAUCAGCACUCGGGCUGUCUUCCGCGCCCCGCAACAGAAGCUCAGGCGGCCCGGGCCCUCACGGCAACCCCCCUUCGCCCCCGCCAGCCAGUCGAGGCCCUGCCCAGCCUCGGGCCUCACCGCCCCCGCACCAGCCUUCCACACCCUUCCCCGAAGAUGCCCUCCGUGACCUCCUUACAUGGGACAUGCACCGCAUCAGGACGGCCAACAUCCCGACGGUCACUCGCUGGCCGCUCCAGGACGAAUUCGCACUCCGCGCCACCAAGGCCGACCUCAUGAUCAACCACACGGACCCGCAGCUCCACGAGGCCGCGUGCCGCCUUGUAGUCCUGCUUCCAACGCUGCUUCUCUUCCCCACCAAGCGCAGUGACCCCACCGUCUGGCAGGCCCGUAUCCGCCUCUUCGACGAGGGCGACUGGAGGGCGCUGCGGGACGAGGCACUCGCAUGGGCAGGGCGACGCAGCAACACGACCCCCGCCACCAGCGCCAGCCGCGCUCGCCGCCUGGUCAAGUACGGAGAGCUUCGUCGGGCCGCCAACGCGCUCACAUCCGGCAGAGUGCUGCCCAACAACGAUGACACCCUUGCGAAGCUGCGAGCCCUACACCCGCCCGCCCCCUUCCCGCUCGACCCAUCCCCCACCCAGCCGCCAAACAACGCACCCCGCGCCGUCUUCGAACCUGACGAUGAACACCUCUUGGGGGCGCUCAAGACGGCGCCCAAGGGUUCGGCACAGGGAGGGACCGGGUGGCGAUAUGAGCAUCUCCGUGCGAUCCACAGCUGAAGAUGCAAGGUGCCCAUCCCCAAUUUCGUCCAUCUGCUCGUCCACUCACGGCUGCCCCCCUUCCUUCACCCCUUCCUCUCGGCAGCCCGCUUGAGCGCGUUCGAGAAGACCAACGACGAC